AGGUACAAAAAGAGUCAUAAGACCAUAAGACCAGCCUCAAGAUAGAAAAAACAAGCAACCGUGACAUGGAUGAACACCUUCGGGCACCGUGACUCACCGCCACCCGUAGCAGGACGGCAGCAGCGGCGUGAAGUGGCGGCUCGACCCCUUUGAAUUUGUGGGCAGCGUUAGCAGCUAGCAGCGGGUUUUGUUCGGCUGGCUGUCCGGAGGAGAGGGAGCGCUUUCCGAGCUGAUUCAGUCCCGCCUGCAUGUGACAGCUCAGAUGGAGGAGAUCAAAGUGUCUCCUGACUACAACUGGUUCAGAAGCACAGUACCCCUGAAGAGAAUUAUUGUUGACGAUGACGACAGCAAGGUGUGGUCUCUGUAUGAUGCCGGCCCAAAAAGUAUCAGGUGUCCAAUCAUCUUCCUUCCUCCAGUCAGUGGGACUGCGGAGGUGUUCUUCCAGCAGGUGCAGGCCCUGACUAGCUGGGGGUACAGGGUCAUCUCGCUGCAGUAUCCGGUAUACUGGGACCUCAUGGAGUUUUGUGAUGGCUUCCGGAAGCUUCUGGAUCACCUUCAACUGGACAAGGUCCACCUGUUCGGGGCGUCUUUGGGAGGAUUCUUGGCUCAGAAGUUUGCAGAGUAUACUCACAAGUCUCCCAGAGUGCACUCUUUGAUCCUGUGUAACUCAUUCAGUGACACGUCCAUAUUUCACCAGACAUGGACUGCAAACAGUUUCUGGCUCAUGCCAGCUUUCCUACUGAAGAAGAUCGUCCUGGGAAACUUUGCUAAAGGACCUGUAGACCCUAAGAUGGCAGAUGCAAUCGACUUCAUGGUAGAUAGGCUGGAGAGUCUGAGCCAAAGCGAGCUAGCUUCAAGGCUAACACUUAACUGUCAGAACUCCUACGUUGAGCCUCACAAAAUAAAAGAUGUUGCUGUGACCAUCAUAGAUGUGUUUGAUCAGAGCGCCCUCUCACUGGAAGCCAAAGAAGAGAUGUAUAAACUGUAUCCCAAUGCUAGACGGGCACAUCUGAAAACCGGAGGAAACUUCCCAUAUCUGUGCAGGAGCGCUGAGGUCAAUCUUUACAUACAGAUUCACUUGCGUCAGUUCCAUGGAACCAGAUAUGCUGCCAUAGAUCCUGCCAUGGUAAGCGCAGAGGAGCUGGAGGUUCAGCGGAGCCACCUGAGCUACAAUCAGGACUCUGAGGACAACCAAUGAGCCGACGUUUCCCUGUAGUCUGGCUCACCAGGACACAUUGAUUCCUGAACUCAUUUCACACCGGGCUCCAGGGACUUUUCUGUGGAGUCUAACAUUCAAUCAAAAAUUCAACUAAGAAUGUUUUUAUUUGUCAGAUGAAGCAAUAUUUUCAUAUUGUCGUGUGGUACAUUACCGCUGCUUUGCUCUGGAAACCAUACACAACACAUUGCCUUAUGUGGAAUGAUUCUUGCACUCAUAAGCUGCCUGAAUGGUGUGUUCACAUCUGUUUGAAAGAGAAAUUGUAGUAGAUUGUGCCAGCUGUUAACAGAAUAUUGAACACACUGGAUAUACAAAGACACACUGUACGUCUAAACGUUUGUGUAAUUUACCAAUAUGAAUUUUGUUUUUUUGGAAUACAGUUUUUCUUUUUGAUUUCAUA